CUUACAGUGUAGCAACACCGAAUUUAAAGCGGAACGUGAGCGGAAAGUGGUGAAAUUAGUUGUAAUUCUCGUUUAAUCAGCGCAUUUUCAUAUUUUUGCUAGUUAUUUCUACUAAUUUUACUUCUUACUUGGUCAUAUUUGUAUUGAACAAUAAAGUGAUGUGAGAUAAUCUAGUGAAAAUCAACACGAACCCCCCUACAAGCGUUUCUUGACACAUUCUUGAGGCGCCAUGUUUGUCACGUUUUUGCCAUUCGGGAAAAUAAUUAGUCAAAAAAUAAAUUUGCGUUAGCGUCACCGCAUGUGCAUACGCACGUUGUGAACAAUUAAUUUCAAAAUGAGUACUGUGUUUUCCAAAGGCAAAGAAAAGCGAUCCCGUUCUCCAAAUGAGGCUAACAACUCAUUUGUGAAGAAUGUAACAUCAAGGGUAUCGGGCCUUUUGCCUACUUCAAUCACAAAGUGGUUUGGUAGCCCGAGUACAUCAAAUGCCAAUGGAUCUGCACCUGCAGCGGAUGCUACAGAUUCGUCUACUGAGGACGAAGCGCCAGAAAGUCCGACAACUGCUCAGCCACCAGCAAAACGAGCAAGACUCAACAACUCCCCUGGGAAAUAUAAUCAUUAUGCUUCAUCUACAGAUUUGGGCUGUCACAAUGUUGAUACAUUUGAUCAAAGUGCCCCAUACAAUAACUCUGUACAAUCUCCACCAGGCCGAACUAUGUUUAGAAGAGAGUCCAAUUUCAUGUCCACUCCUGUGAGGACACCAACUGUAGAAUCAGUUAAAGACAAAGGUGAAAGAGACAUUACUGUAACUAAGUCACAACAUACUCUAUCUAGUGUGAGCUCAUCUAUUUCUUCAAAACGGAAGUCAAUUUUUGACAACCCAAAUAAAGAAAUCUCUAAGAGAGCUUGUGUACGGACAGCUAACAACACUGUGGUGGAUCCAAAAGCUCCAUGUUUCAAGCCAAGCUUAUUUGGUUCACCUUUCUAUCCUGGACAAACUAUGUAUGGAGGUGCUGCCUCUAUAUACAUCAACCAACCAAACAUUCAAAAUAGUAAAGUGGCUUUGGUAAAGGAAUCAAAAAGUAGUGACGAUAGUUCCAUGAGCUAUUCAGCUCGACGUGUCAUGGAUCUCCUGGAAAACUAUUCUUCACCACUAAUGGAAGCAAAAAGAAUAUCACAGUAUAUUAAAAGUACAAAGAAAGGCAGUUUUAAUGAAAGUACAAGCGUUAGUGGCUCUCCUUAUUGUCCUAAAGUAAUGUCAUACAAGACCCAAGAGCUUCAUGUGCCAGAUAUUGUGUCGGUUCUGCGAUUGAAACAAAAGUCUAGGUUAAUGGACACAACAAAUGCAGCAAGACAAAUCAUUGCAUCACAGAGCAAUACUUCUGACUAUAUACCCUAUCCAUCGAAAAAUACACAAAGGGAUCAAGCAGAUACAGAAACUAGUAGCAAAUUUACUACUAAAGUAAAAUCUAGGUUAACACGGCCGAAACGUGGAGAGAGUGAAAUUGAAAGUCAGAUGAUCACACCAGUAAACCUUCCUACAGCGGUUUUGCAAAUUGACAAAGAUAACAUGCCCAAGUUUUCACUCGGAACAAUAUUACCAAGUACUAGUACGCCAUCAUCGAAUACUGCACCUAAACUCAAUUUCACUUCAACAUUGAGCAAACCAGUAUCAGAAGCGACAUCUCAAGACACAGCUUUAAAUAGUCCAGCAACGAGUAAGCUUGAAUCAAUUAAACCUGAGAAAACUACUAGUGACUCUUACAAAUUCUCAACCCCAGUCAGAUUAACCAGUGAAACAUCUCUGAUUACAACAACUCCCCCUAAAUUUACGUUUGGUAGUCCUGAUCGUGGUGUCGAUAAAUCAAUAAUUGUUGAGAAAAAUGAUGACACAUCUUCUUGUGUUGUAGGUUCACCUAAAGAAACUGAAAAAUCACUUUCUCUCAAAACAAAAGAUUGGAAGUGCCCUGAUUGUUGGGUGGUUAAUAAAACAGAUACUCCCAAAUGUGUUUGCUGUGGCGCCCAACAACUAUCUAAAGAAACAAAAGAUUGGAAGUGCCCCGAUUGUUGGGUUUUAAAUAAGGCAGAUAUUGAGAAAUGUGUAUGCUGUGGAGCACAAAAACAAUCUAAUAAAUCAAAAGAUUGGAAGUGCCCUGAUUGCUGGGUUUUAAAUAAGGCAGAUAUUGAAAAAUGUGUAUGCUGUGGAGCUCAACAAACAUCAAAAAAAUUGGCUAAACAAUCAAAAUGCUCCAUUUGUAAGCUAGCAGAUAGUCAAUCAAAUUCUGACAAGUGUGUGAACUGUGAAAAGGUCCAAAUAAAUAGUACCACAAAAUUACCCUCAAUACAAAAUGUUGAAGACUCAUCAAAAUGGAAAUGUGAAGACUGCUGGGUCAAAAAUGAUAAUAAUGCUGACAAAUGUGUUUGUUGUGGAGGAAAGAAUCCUAAAAAAUCCACUGGAACCCUUAACUCUUCUUCCUCAGUCAAUUCUGUCAAUGCUGUAGAUUCACAAAAUGAAUGGAAAUGUUUGCAGUGUUAUGUAAAAAACAAAAUAGAUGUUGAUAAAUGUGUUUGCGGAGCAAUCAAACCUGGUACGAAAACCAAUAACUGUACUGUACCUAGCAUUGGUUCGACAGCAUUACCCAAUGAUUCAGAACCUUUUCUUAAAAUUAAUGCUAAAACUAACACUUGGGAAUGUACAAGUUGUUUAGUAAGAAAUGAAAAUAAUAGAUCUAAAUGUGUAUGUUGUGAGGCAGAUAAACCAGGCACAAUAAGUGAAUCUGUUAAAAAGUUAUUUAAUUUCCAUAAGCCUUCAGAAAUAACCUUUAAGUUUGGUAUUAAUUUAGCAACACAGGAUGUAAAUUCCAAACCAGUUGAGGAAAAACCCAUUGAGGUUCCUAAAAAACCAGAAGAAUCUGAAACAAAUAAUAAUAUUUUGCCAAAAACACCCUCAUUUUCGUUUGGUAUACCAUCGAAGAAAGCUGAUAAUCAAACUGACACAGUCAAGAUUUUAAAUCCAGAACCUGCCAAAUUAAAUUUCACAUUUGGUAUACCAAAAACCCAGACAGCAACUGAGCCAGUUGUCUCAAAAAUAUUUGGAUCAACAAACAAAUUAGGGGAGUUUACACCUAAAUCGGUUACCCAAGAAGAUGAGAAGGUGCAAGAGGUUCCAAAGGUUGAUUUAUCACUUCAAACACAAAAAGAUAAUAUGUCUAAACCAAUGACUGGUAUCUUUGGGUCUCAAUUGGCAUCUCCUCCAAAUCAAGUUAAGCCAAUUGAAACCAAACUUUCUUUGCUUGGUUCCACAAGUUCGGCAGAUAAGAAAGAUGCUUUGAGCAACCCUUUGACUAUUCCACCUAUGUUGACUAGCAGUCAGGCAACACCGACACAGAGUAACUUUACAUUCAAAGCGCCUGGAAUAAAACCAGCAGUCAAUCUCUUUGCUGCUCCAGCCACGACUACUUCGACAUUUGUGGCUCCUGUUCAGGUUCCGAGCACUACACCUGUGUCGCUUUUUAAACCAGAAAUUACUACGACUACAGCUUCGUCAUUAUUUCAAAAACCGGAAACUAUUACCACUAAUUCAGUGUCUUUGUUCCAAAAAACUGACACUGCGACCUUGCCAACUAAGCCGACCUUGGGGGCGACUCUCUUUAAUUUUAACAAUAACUCGACGUCUUCUGUCGAUGCACAGCCUGAGAAACCCAAAUUUAAUUUUACAUUUGGCAGCAAUAUGCCAACUGGAGUGUUCAAUAAUGCAUUUGGCGCAGCUUCAACUGAAAGCAACACAAGCACCAACAAAUUUAAUCUAUCUGGAAACAGAUUGGCAACUGUCGGUAACGGUCUCGCUAGUAGUGCUACUCCAGCGGGUGGUAACGGACUUACCGCAAACAAGGUCGGUAAUACGAACGAAAUACCUGCAAAUUCAAUGGCAAAUAGAAAUGAAUUACAACCUACAGCAACAGGUAUAUUCGGCGCCCCAGUGCAGAAGGAGAAUCUAUGGUCCUCGUCUAAUAAUAAUUCUGCCAAUUUGUUCGUUUCGAACGCGUCGAGCGCUGCACCACCGCAGAAGCCGCCGGCGUUUUCGUUCGGAUCUGCGACUCCUUUCAACGCUAGUGGAGCGUCGCCAGCGUUCGGGAGUACCACGACACCGACGCAGAACGUGUUCGGGAUGAGUCAGCAGAGUGCGGGUAGUGGGGGGUUGUUCUCGUCGCCGGUGGCGAGUCAGCCGGCGCCUAGUAUAUUCAGCGGAGGGCAGCCGGCCGGCAAUGCGCCGCUGCUGUUCGGGGGGAACAAUGUAGGCGCGGCGCCCGCGUUCGGAGCCGCUGCCGCCGCGCCCGCCAUACCAGCCUUCGACACUCCGGCGCUAGCACCAGCACCAGCACCAGCGCCGGCGCCCACGCCGACAUUCAACUUUGGUGCCACUCAACAAACGGGCAUUUUCGGAUUUGGACAACAACAACAGCAGCCUCAGCAGCCGCAGCAGGCGGGCGUGUACAGUUUCGGUGCACCUACGGGAGCGCCUCAGGUGCAAUUCAACAUGGGCAGUGCGCCUAACACAGGCAUGCGAAGAAUGCGCAAGGCUGUCCGCAGGAACCCACAACGAUGAAACCGUCGCCCACACUCCAUACCUGUACCAACGAACGGACCUUUCAACACACCGAGUGAAGUGAGUCACCCAAGAAAAACCUCUACCAUGAUAGGUUCGCAUUUUAGUCAACUCGUUUCUAAGGGACAUUCAUCGAUUCUGUAACUAGGUACCAUGUAAUAUUCUCUUCUCCAGAUAUGUUUGGUAGGUUGGUUGCUAUAUCACACUGAUUAUGGAAAUUGUAUGUGAUUAUUGUAGGCUAUCAUUGAUCGGUCUUGAUUGUAAAUUACUUGACUACUUUAUUAGAUGCAGUAAGUUGGAUUAGUAUACGUUGGUUAGAAAUAAUUUCUUUUGUACUUCCUUUAGCUGUUAAAAAUACGUAAAUGUUAACGUUUAACAUGGAACAACAAACUUUAAGACUUACAUUAAAUGUUUUAUCAUUUAACUUGUAUAAUAUUUUAAUGUUUGACGAUGGGUCUUAUAGCCUAUUUUUACUAAUAUUCUAAAUGUGAAAGUCUGCAUGUUUGUUAUUCAAUCACUCAAGAACGGAUCAACACAUUUGGAUAAAAUUUGGAACACAUAGUUUAUUACUUGGUUGGAAAAAUGUUAAGAUUCCUGAAGAAUUCUAAAAAACCUAAAGAAAACGCAGACGAAGACGCGGGGAGAUGCUAGUUUAUACAAAAUAAUUGUUUAAUGCAUUUAACAUGCAAAUUCAUUAUAAUUUUUAUCGAUUCGACUAAUGAAAAAGAGCCUACAUUUAGGCAGGAAACAGUGCUCGACCGACGGUCCGCGCUGACCGUCGGUCGGCGUAGCUUUACGGCUCGUCGGUCGCUUGUACGUCGGUCGACCGACGAGCUAUGAGAUUGUAUGGAUGCAUUCAGUGCUUCACUGAUGGAGCGACCAACCAAACACGCGUACGUACACUCAAAGCAAAAAUGAAUAUUGAUACCGAGCGCCUUAUUGCUGAAGUGCGGCUUCGUCCGGCAAUAUGGAAUUUAUCGUAUGUAUUUUAUAAAGACCGUGAUGCUAAAAUAAGUCCUUGGCAAGAACUUUGUAAAGAAUUAAUUGCGCAAAAACUAGUGUGCAUAUAUUACAGCAAAAGGGCUCAUUUUUCUCGUGAACUGUGCACACGCGUCGCCGUUCACCGUCAGCGUAGCACUGAAUGCAUUUUCGCAACCGACGGUCAGCGCUGAUGGUCAGGACGGACCCGCGGGUUGACCACUGUUUCCAGCCUUACACUUUGUAUUCUCAACCCGAUAGUCAAGAUUUUAUAUAACUUUUAUAUAUAUAAAAACUUUUUAAAUCUGUCUGGGACUUAAACAUAAACUGGUUCUUGUGUCUCUUGUUAAAGCUUCAAAAACAUGAAACUCCAUCACAGCUUUACAAAUAUCAGUAAAUAAGCUAUCAUCUCUCCGCAAAAUUAUGGAGAGAUCUUUAUUUACGAUCCAGUAUGCUUAGGCUGUUUCAGAAAAUAAUUUUGUGAUAACAUAAAAAUUGGUUGGAUUACAGAAUUCAUGACUGUAUAAAACACUAGUGACCCGUCCUCGUUUAGCUUUGGUAUAGAAUAGAUUACGGUGUUUGUUGUUGGUGAAAACAGCAAUAAAAUUCAUUGCAUGGCUUAGGAUUACUUACUUAAUUACUUUUUUACUAAAAGCCGCAUUCGUGUCUUUCUGUAUUCCUGAUGGUUGACUGACGGAGAAUUCUUUUAGCGUAAAGUCCGCCUUAUGUCGAUUUUGUAAUUGUGGCAAUAAAGUAAAAAAUAAAUAAAUAGGAUAAGUUUGGGAAUAAAGACUAAACACGUUAAAUACAUUCUAGUUACCCAUCUUAUUUAUCGAGUUGACUACAAAAUAAUUGUUUAAUGCAUUUAACAUGCAAAUUCAUUACAAUUUUUAUCGAUUCGACUAAUGAAAAAGUACCUACACUUACACUUUGUAUUCUCAACCUGAUCUUCAAGAUUAUGUCGUUGUUAAAAACUUUUUAAAUCUAUCAGGGACUUAACCAUAGAAGAAAAAUACUAGAUGGGAACUAAAACCAUAUGAAAUUUGAUUGGUAUAAAAACAGAUUCUUGUUUCUCUUAUUAAAGCUUCAAAAACAUGAUUUUGCAUUACAGCUUUACAAAUAUCAGUAAUCGGGCUAUCAUCUCUCCACAAAAUUAUGGAGAGAUCUUUAUUUACGAUCCAAUAUGAGGUCACAAAAAAUAAUAAUUUUGUGAUAGCAUACAAAUUCGUUGGUUUACAGAAUUCAUGACUGUAUAAAACACUAGUGACCCGUCCUCGUUUAGCUUCGGUAUAGAAUAGAUUACGGUAUUUGUUGGUGAUAAAAUCUGCAAUAAAAUUCAUAUGCAUGGCUUAGGAUAAGUUUGCGAAUAAAGACUUAACACAAGUGUAUAGAUAUGAGUGUCAUAAUAUGUAAUGCAUUCUAGUAAUCCAUCUUAUUUCUAUUGUCAUACUUUACAACAGGUUACAGGGCUUUUAAUAAAUUAAUUUAUUGUGAUUUUUUUCGUAAUAUGAAUGUCAUUGUAUUACACAUUUUAAAAUACUAAGCCCACACAUCUCCCUCCGAGAAAUAAUAACCUUAGAAAGUACGAACCCUUUUACAUAUUACAGAUUAGAAAUGAAUAAAAUAACACGGCUUUCUAGUAGCAAAAGUUUGAUGAUAAGACAUAGAUGAUAACAAAUUUGAGAAUGCGCAUAAUAUAACAUAUUUAUCAAACAUUGAGUUAGGACAUUAUGUAAUUGCAAAAAAAAGGAUUUCCAAAGCCACAUAAAGGUGGGCAUGAUCCAACUAGUGAAGACUAACGUGAACAAAGACUGUAAAAUGUUCAGUUCAGAUUGUAAAGUAUUCAUGUAUAACAAAUUAGUUGUAAAAAUAACAGAAAGUAUCGAAUUUAAGUAAAAACCCACUUCUUGGGUUUCCCCCAAUGGGCAGGGAAUGAUAAAGUUAUGAAUAACAAAUAUUUUUUGAAAUGAGCAAUAACAACAAGAAAAUUAACGAACCGUAAUAAAGGGUGCCUAUGAUUAGUAUUAGAAUUUCGUUGUUAUUUUGGAGAAAAAUCCUUUACUUUAAACUAGCGCCCCAAACUGGCUUCGAAGAUGUGCAAAUGUAUAAAAUGUAGAAAAACAAAUACAUUGCAAAUGUUAAUUAAGAAAAAGGAUUCAAUAAUAUACACUUAUCACUUUUGCUUUGCAUUAUAAAUAAUAAUAUUUUACGGGUUAAAAUGCACAGACUGAAUAAUGUUUUUGUCAUUAAAAUAAAUUGUUUUCGUCAAAAUUUACAAAGUACAUCAUUGAUGGGCGGUUUUUUUGGGACAACAUAAACCCAACUCUCACGUUCUUAACUAUUUUCGAUUUUGAGAUAGAUCCCGUUACAAAAAUGGUUAAAAAUUACAAUUUUAAUGACCGCUUAUUUCUUUGUUAUUGAAAAUAAAAAUUAAUUAAUAUAAUACCCUACUAAAUGAUAAUGCCGUGUCAAAUGCUGGGGUAAAAAAAAUGUAUGGUCAAAUGUACCUCCUUUUCAUGUAUGGACAAAGAAAAAAAAUUUCAUUGAAUUGUUAUCUAAAUAUUCGGCUUUAGGCAAGCAUUUUACCUAAAUACCAAAAUUGAAGUUCUGUAUUGAGUACGGAUCCCUUAAAAGUAUCAUGUUCUAUGUUGUUCCUCUGGUUUAUAUUGUAACAUUCAUUUACGUAUAUUCUCAAGAUAUUGUAACAUAUUUGCCUUUCACGUUUUAAUUUAACAUGUAACAUAAAUUAGUUAUAAAUUAGCUCCACCCGGUACAGUUUUAUACCGUCACUUAUCAUGUUUAUUCGUAUAUUUGCUAUCCUACAGCUGGUUGUCCUUAUCAUACUCUUAUUGGGAGUGAAAAGGAGAGACUGCUGACAAGUUUACAAAUAGCCAAUAUGAAUAACCAUGUGCAGUGCCGGCAUUAAGUCUAUAAAGUCGCUGUCGCGUACUUUGUUUAUUUAUUAAAAUAGAAAAGACAUAAUUUAUUGUUAUUAUUGGGGCUAGCAACCCGCGUGGAGCCAAAGCUACCAAGUAGCCGCCUUCAAUAAUUAUUGUCAUGAAUGCCGUUUCGUUUGUAUUGUUUUGCUACUGCCGAGAAAACGAGGCGGCAGAAAACGUAGUUUUUAAUGAUUUUAUUAGAAGUUUAGGUGUAUCUAUUCAAGUAUGGUAAGCUAUAGCCGAGGCCACUUCGAAUCCAGUGAUAUGAGUACUGCUGCUAAAUAGAAUCGACGUCAAUGUCAAAUUUUAAUACCAAAGUGGCCUCGUCUGUACUGAGAUUUUACUAUGAUAUGAUCUUUUUGAAAACCAUGUCGACCACAGAAAUAAAUUCACCGUUUAUUGUAUAUGUAUAUUUAUAAUGCCAAGAACCUCUGUUACACCAUUUUGUCGAGGAUAUAUUAUUGCUAAUUGGUGAUCAGUUUUCCUACAUAUAUUUUUGGUUCUUUGUAUAAGUAGUUGAAGAAGAUCGUGGAAAUAUCUUAAACUCGAUGACGGGAGCAAAUUCUAUCAGCCAUUAAGUGCUAGUUUUUAGGGCCUAGAAGUUUUUGGCCCGUACAGUCACGUUCUUUGAUUUGGGCUCGCCUAAGCAGUAGUAGAUACCAAAACAGACAUCUAAAGAGUAAUAUCUUGACGAAAGAUUUCUAAGACAACAUAAUAUACAUUGUCAGUAAAGACCAUUGCUCAAUUUACGGGCCAACCGUUGGAAGCCUAGAAGCGAACAGACCUUUCCGAUUUUGUGCCUAUCAUUCGACUAUUUUCCUUAGGGCGCUUGUAAACAAGAGGUUUUCUAUUCUAAUCUAGGCCCGGUUUUAACCGCGAUCACGUCUGGUUGUCAGUUAACUAUAGGACAGUAUAGCUAGGCGACGGCUUGGAAAGAAGAAAGAAAGAAAAAUAUUUUUAUUUAAGACAAAAACAACAGUAAAAGAGGAUAUAAACAAAACAUACACAUUUUUUUUGUCUCAAAUCUGUCCCAACUCAGCAUGGUGCUGAUGUUGCCAUUAGCGCUGGUCUUCCGUUGGAACCGGUUUAGUGACGACACGAAACAUUGUGUCCGUGAUGCUAGCGUACCCACGAUCAAUAUACGGUUUUUCGUUAUGCCAUUAAAUACUGCGUAAAUAGUGCCAAAUUAGUGUAAAAAUAAAAAAUUAGUGCCUGAGUUUAAUUUAAGAAAUAAAGACCAUUUUUACUGUGUACGCUACCUUGACGUCAAGCUAGCAUACCCAUGGCCGACCGCAAGAACGGCAUAUAUUUAAGCAACGAAAUUGACACACAAAAAUUGUUCGCAAAUAGUGCCCUGGCUUUCAUAAACAAUACUCUUAAAGGAAGAAAGAUAUUGAACUAAACAUUCUUAGCUGGCGUCAACCUGGCGUAGCCAUAAUAGUUCUCAUAGAAAAUGAACUUUUCUCCUUAUCCAUUCUAUAUGUAUAAAUAGUGUGUCAAAUAGUGCCUCUAACAGUAAAAGUAUUUUAUGUGAAUCCGCAUCACAACAAUACAUAAAGAGGAUGUUAAAUUCUAGGAACAAAUGUAUUGUAGUACAGUUACACACAAAAUUAAUUUAUGCACUAAGAGAUUAUCUAUAUAUGUAUUUUUACUAAAAUAAAUAGGUACUUUUUAUAAAAAGAUAUUUUAUUUCAAUUCGAAUUCACCAAUCAUAAAUUCAUAUAAGGAUUUCAACCUACCUACUAAGUACCUUACAUACCUACUAUACUACGAAAAUAUUAUCACUUCUGUACAUGACUGUACUUCAUAUAUAAAAAUUAUUUAAUUGCUUUUUUUAUAUUGUUUUACUGCGAAUUAACAUAAAAUACUUUUACUGUUAGAGGCACUAUUUGACACACUAUUUAUACAUAUAGAAUGGAUAAGGAGAAAAGUUCAUUUUCUAUGAGAACUAUAAUGGCUACGCCAGGUUGACGCCAGCUAAGAAUGUUUAGUUCAAUAUCUUUGGUCCUUUAAGAGUAUUGAUUAUGAAAGCCAGGGCACUAUUUGCGAACAAUUUUUGUCUGUCAAUUUCGUUGCUUAAAUAUAUGCCGUUCUUGCGGUCGGCCAUGGGUACGCUAGCUUGACGUCAUGGUAGCGUACACAGUAAAAAUGGUCUUUAUUUCUUAAAUUAAAGAGGCACUUUUUUAUUUUUACACUAAUUUGGCACUAUUUACGCUGUAUUUAAUGGCAUAACGAAAAACCGUAUAUUGAUCGUGGGUACGCUAGCAUCACGGACACCGAAACAUUAACAUUAAUAAAAGCAAUAAAAUAAACAUAACAAUAGCUUGGGAUAACGCCGCUAGCGCCGGUGUCAUUAACAAACCUCCAUAGUGUCUCAUACCUAACUGAUGACCGGACGUAGACAUGGUUUAAAACCGUGCCUAGGUACGAAAGCCGCCUCGUCUACAAACACCUUUACUCACCGUUAUUUUUUGGUAAUGUUUAUUUGGUAUCGCUUUCACAGAAAAUCGAUGAAAUCAUAAUUACAUUAAAUGUUUCCAAAUCAUAGCACCUGUCUGCACUUCGUGUGACAAAAAAAAAACUGCACUUCAUGCGACAAAAAAAAAUAUUCUAAAAUUUUGGAUUUUAAUCAUCAUGAAGCUCUAGCAGUCAGAGAUGCAAUACCAAUACUAUUGUUUAUGGUUGUGUAGAGAUCAAUUUAGUUUUGGUAGGUAGUCUACAAAAAUUCUAAUGGGUUAUUAACGUCUGUAAGAGAUGACUAUUUAAUGUCUGAUAAAUUGUAACUAUAAGCAAUGAGCUCUAUUUAUCUCAUUGAAAUAAGAAGUAAAACUGUUGUAUUUAAAGCUUAUAAACUGUCGAUUAACAGGUACAGUCGAGUUCGUAAAUAUAUAUGUAUUGGCAGGGCCAAUAGUUCUAAAUAUUGUAGACGUAUAAAUGUUAAAGCAAAAUAUUUGUUUAUUUAAAUGGUUUCAUUAAUAUGUAUUGAAACAAAAAUAUUCUUUGCACUAAAAUAUCUAAAUACUUCAAAUUUCAAUAAUAUUAGCUCAGCCUAAGAUUCACAAAUAUCUAUAUAGAGCUAGAACAUUAAGAUUUAAUGGCCUUUGCCACUAGUUAUAUUUUUGCCAGCUGAUAUGCAAAUCUAAAAUUGUGAUGUUACCAAUUCGUUAGAUAAUUGCCGUUGCCAAGCACGUAUACAUUUGAUUUGAUUAAUUUUCUUUUUAAGAAAAUUUAAGGGUAAACACAAACUAAUAUUGGGUCACUUAUGAGGGAAUUUUGACAUAAAUAAUUAUAUUAGUUACAAAUAAGUUUUUGAAACGAAGUUCCUAUUCGGACGAUACCAACUUGGUGGCCGUGGGCUAGGCGAAAACAUUCAAGAUUUUUCGGUCAUGUUUGUAUUUAUUUAUUAUUACAUCUGUUUAUUGUUUACUUCGUUCCAACCGAGUGUUUAAAUUAUAUUUAUUGUUAAAUAUAAGUACCUAAUGUAUAUAGUUUAAAUCUGGGUACCACAAAUCGGUACCAAAGUGCUUAUGGUGCUCCAGACUUUAAAUUAUUAUUGUAAAAAUAGGUUUUUAUAAUCUCGUACCAAAGAGGACUACGAAAGUGAUACCACCAAUACACUCGUAUUUUAUAUAAUAGACAAAAAUCGUAUUCAGUGAGGUGAGCGCAAUUGUCUGGUGAAUUGUCCUAACAUAAAUUCACACGUUAUGUACUGUCGUAUAAAUUUGCAUUCAACAUUGGCUUCAAUAUUUUGAAAACGUAUUUAUAACACAUCAGAACGCACUUUAUGAUAUUUUGAACCCUUAUUUAUUUGUCAUAUAUUUAUGAUACACUGGUUGCUUAAAAUUUAUUAAGGGUAAAACUGUUACAAGUUUUAUGAAAUUUAACAUUACUAAGAUUUUUUAUGUUUUGAUUCUGAGUGAGGCUUACGCCUAACGUGCCGGUCAUCUGAACAAUGCCUAAGAAACUCGACUGUAUAGCCGCGUUCUUUAAUUUGGGAUCCACCUAAUGUUGAAUAUCGGAUAGCAAACAGACAUAUAAGCGCAUUUCAUUCUUUUUUUGGUAUCAUUUGUAAAAAUGAAUGAAUUUUAUAUAAUAAAAAUAAUUUGUGUGUUAAAAUUAAUUUGUGACAAUGUUGAAAAAGUUUUUAUAAAAAAAUAUAUUGAAUUUGAUUAUAUUCUCUUAGAUUGUCAAUAAAAUUUACUUGUGCGACACUGAUAUAAUGAUGUUAGGAAAAAAAUAAAACGAUGGAAUACGCUUAGAAAGGAGGUUAAUAUUCAGAAACAUAAAUAAAUUCGAAAAGAUUUUUGACGUUUCAACGCCAUAUUUGUCUAUAGAUUUCGAUCUUUCAAUCAAAUGUGGUUCAAACUACAUUUCAAUGAAAUGGAUACCAUAUUAAAGCAUUUGACUGUACAUCAUUCAAACUACUUUUACAUCAGUUUAAAUGUUUUAAAUAUAAUUAUAGUUUAAGAGUUCGACGUGAUCUGCUUCAUAGCUUAUGGAUUUACGUUUUUACAGAUGUCCCUAUAUUUAGUUUAUUUUACAGUAACGAAUUUCUCUGUGGACUGUGCAUAUUAUGGAGUUGUAAAAACAUAACUUGGCUUAAAAUAAUUGGCAAUUUCCUAAAGAAGUGUGAUUAUACCGUUACAUCAAAUAGAAAGUAAAUAAUUGGUAUUAACUAAAUAACCCUAUUUGUAUGUCAGGUGUAUGUUUUAUGAUUUUAGAUACUUUGUUUUUGAUAAUGUUUUACAUUUAUUGUAUUGCAAAGAAGAUAUUCUUGCAUUUGUAUAUAGUUAGUUGUUAAUUUUAAUUUAAUUGGGCGCCACCUUCACGCACAAGAGAAUCGUAGCGGUGGUGUCACCGUGUCUGUCACCAACUGUGAUAUUUUCCACUAGGCGAUGUUACUACCGUUAUGAUAGUUACAAUGACUGGGCUUAAAUACUUUUAAAAUUGUCUUUCAACAUAUCGUCCCUAUUCAGUCCAUAGGGGUGGCUUGUAAUAUUAAGAUUAUCCGGUUACAUACAGCAGGACAUAAUCGGUGCGAUUCUUAUGUCCGCGGAGACGGCGCGUCAGCUUCUUUACUUUAAUGAGACUUUCAAAUAUUAAUAGUAACACAUCAAUUUGUAGUAGACUUCAACUGUAGGAUAAUAAGCCCUUACAUUAUUCCACUACGGUGGUGGCAUCGCGUUUUCAAGCAUUGUAUUGGAUCAGGAAUGAAUAUGUGACGAGAAUACACACUAUUCACCAUGCCACCGCGGUGCAAUAUGUAAAAGCCCUUAUAAAAAUAAUACAGAUACCAUUUAGAUUUACAUAGGUCGCGUUAGUUUUUUUAAUUUCAUACCAACGGCCCUACUGAACAAAGUAUCUCAUGGAAUAAGGUAGCAUCUAAAUGUGACUUAUUUUGUGUUUCUGAUUGCAAUUGAUGAUUUUUAUACUUAGUACCUAUUCAAGUUUAAAGGUUUGUAAAUAAUAACUGAGUUUUACUUUUGAACUGUGUUCCAUAAUAAUUUAAAAUAUUAGUCCCAUGUAUGAAAGAUUGGUUUUUCAGUAUCAUAUUUAUAUGAAAUGCUUUAUGUUAAGUACAUGAUAAAAUUUUUGAACGUCGUAAGUGUAACCUCGUUCAGUUUCAACCAUAGCACUGUAGUUUGAAGUCUCAAAAGAUUUUUUAUUUGCUUAGUAUGGUGACUAGCUGGACCUAGUCCAUUAAGGUAACAACAUUUUUUUCGUUUGGACGUAUUUGUUAUAAUAUGUAUAAAAAAUCAAUGGUUGGGGAAACUCCACAAUGAAAGAAGUGUUAUUACGAACGAAAUGAAAAACCAAUUUUAUUUUAUGGGAUCAUACAAAUGUCAAAUUUGUUUCGUUUAUUUUCAAUAAUUUGCCUCUACUAGAAAAUAAAAUAAUAAUAUACGUAUAAUUAGUAUGGUACACGCACAUCUAUAUUCACAAUGCAGUAACUCUCAUGUUAUGAUGUAUUAGAAAUAUGGGGACUAUUGUAUACCUUGCUAUUUUUAUGAUAAUGACUUAGGUCAAUGUGAACCAAUCACAGUGACGCGAGUCAGUUGGAGAUCGCGCCUUCAGAUAAUAAAUACAUUUGUCCGAUUGCCUCGUCAGCUAUGUCGUAGGUAUGCUUUGUUUAAAAAUAAUACGGAAUAAACAUCUGUGGCUGCAAACUGCCAACCUUAUAUUGUACGCCUCGAUGUAGUCGCAUUUGGAGGGUGAAAAAUAUAAAUUAUAGUAAACUGAUUUAUUUUUUUAAUAGUGAAAAUAGAAUAACUAGGCGCAUCCAAAUGUGUACUACACAUAGUCAUUAAUUCAUGUAAAAAUUAUGUUAAUUAUAUGUAAUAUUAUCAUUGACAUUACAAUAAAUGAGUGAUGGAAAGAUUGGGGAGCAAAACUAAUGUAUACAACUACACAGUGUUCUUGAUAUUAUAUACUCUUUUAAUGUUGAUAGUUGAUGGAAAAAUAAUAAUCGUUAAUAUUGUCACAAACGCUUUUGAAACAAAACCGCGACCGAAUUUAACAGAACACCGCGGAUCGCGAUAAAGGUCGAGUGGUACGGCUUGUUUUAAUAUGAGCCUUAUGUAGUGCGGUGUAAGGGAGAAAGUGCUACGACAUCUGCACUUGUUUACAACUUAUGCGCGUUACCAACGUAGGUAUAAGUGGGUACUCGGGGUUGCUAGUUCAGUCUCAAUUUAACGGGACUUUUCUAGAAUCCGUUGAUUGGCGUAUAUAAGCGAGAUCGGCGCCGCCCAAACACAGUUGAAUUUCAACAGCGAUUUCGGAAUGAAUGUAACGGCGACCAAAGUGCAAGUACAGUGUUCAAGUGUUAUAGUGCAUACAGUGGUGAGUGAGUGUUUUAUAAUUAAAAUUGUGUGUUAACUGUGUGGUGAAUAAAGAACUGUCAGCCCAGCUGGGAAGUAGUCUAUAGAGCAAUUACUAAAAUCAACGACGUGACCUAUCGGAGAAGACAGGGAGAUAGAACGAAGCCCAAGAUAAUCUACAUCGAUCGUGUGGCACCUUACCACGACAGCAAUCAUGCUCGGGACGAGCAUGGUUAACAGGGCAGUUUCACAAACGUUCUCGAAACAAACACGCGAAAAUACUAGAGACUGAAUUUACCAGAACACCGUGGAUCGCGAUAAAGGUCCAGUGGUGCGGAUCAUUCUAAUACGAGCCUUAUGCAGUGCGGUGUAAGGGUGAAUAUGCAACGACAUCUGCACUUGUUUACAACUUAUGCGCGUUACCUACGUAGGUAUCAGUAGGUACUAUCGUGGAAUUAUGCGUUCUGUCACUUGGCGAACAAAAUGCUUUGAACGGUUUUCUACAGUAGUUUUUACUACGCCCCGCCUUCGGACGCGCCAAUCCGGGCCGCCGUAAAAAAGUAAGACAGAGAGCAUUUCAUUGAUUGAAUAAUGAAUUGAAUUGCAUUUGUUUUAGUUGCAAUUUGUCAUCCGCAUCGUGAUCGCGACAGCGCUAUACGAAAAAGUAAGACAGCGAUAAUUACUUGUCUAUGAAUGAAUUUUUACUACGCCGCUACCGCAAGCGAUUAUGGCAUUAUGGGUGACAGAGCGGGACUUUCCGCGAGUGUACUACGCACUAGCGGGUUCUAGUUAACUCUCAAUUUGACGGGUCUUUUCUAGAAUGCGUCGCAGUUGAGUUUCGACAGCGAUUUCGGAACGUGAAUUGGCAAAUAAUUUCAAACCCCAUCCCGACACGUAACAAUAUUUAAUAUAUACCUUUAGAUUUGUUCCUCAAUAAAAGCGGCCAUCAAAAAACGGAUCGGG